AUGAGUGCCGAGCGGCUGGGCCGGCUGGUGACCCUGGCUCUGGUGCUGGCCGCCUUGGACCCGGCGCGGGGCACCGACGCGACCCACCCGCCCGAGGGCCCCCAGGACCGAGGCUCCCCGCAGAAAGGCCGCCUGUCCCUGCAGAACACAGCGGGGAUCCAGCACUGCUUGGUCGGCGCUGGCGAUGUGGGCUGUGGCGUGUUUGAGUGUUUCGAGAACAACUCGUGUGAGAUCCGGGGCCUGCACGGGAUCUGCAUGACUUUCCUGCACAACGCUGGGAAAUUCGACGCCCAGGGCAAGUCCUUCAUCAAAGACGCGCUGCGCUGCAAGGCGCACGCCCUGCGGCACCGGUUUGGCUGCAUCAGCCGGAAGUGCCCGGCCAUCCGGGAGAUGGUGCUGCAGCUGCAGCGUGAAUGCUACCUCAAGCACGACCUGUGCGCGGCCGCCCGGGACAACACCCGCGUGAUGGCGGAGAUGAUCCACUUCAAGGACCUGCUGCUGCGCGAGCCCUACGUGGACCUGGUGAACCUGCUGCUGACCUGCGGGGAGGAGGUGAAGGAGGCCGUCACCCACAGCGUGCAGGCGCAGUGCGAGCAGAGCUGGGGCGGCCUGUGCUCCAUCCUCAGCUUCUGCACGUCGGCCCUGCAGAGGCCGCCCACCGCGCCCCCCGAGCGCCACCUGCAGGCGGACCGGGCCAGGCCCCCGCGCGCCCACCACGCGGAGCCCAGCAGCGGGGAGACGGGCCGAGGCCUCGCCAAGGGCGAGCAGGGCAGCAGGAGCCCCCCGAACGCCCACGCCCGGGGCCGGGCUGCAGCCCAGGGGACACAGGGGAGCAGCGAGUGGGAGGACGAGCAGGCGGAGCACGCUGACAUCCGGAGGUGA